AGGGAGGAUAUGUACACAUGAAGUUCGAAUGUGUACAUCCAAACUUGCAAUGUCAGUGACAGACAAGUUGAGCAAUGGUGGUUGGGUAAAACACGCUUGGUUGAUUGACUUGGCCUGACAGCUGAAGGCGUGCAUUAACUCUCCAUUAAAAUGCCUAAGCUUUAACUCAGCGAGAAACAAGCGUGCGUACACAACCGGGGAUCAAAGCCCACUGCUUUUUAUUAUGAGGGGCAUAUGUUAUUCAAUUAAUUAUGGACCGACUUCGACUCAAACAAAUGUAAAUGUCAGAUGCAACGCCCUCUCUGAACCUGCGCUGCACAGGUGACAGGCGGUGUGGCCGGACAUGCAGACGAUCAAGUCAGACCCAGAGACACCUCCUGAGAUGGACUCUAACCUGAGAAUCGGCUUCAUCGGGGCAGGCAACAUGGCCUACGGGAUAGCCAAGGGAGUCCUGCAGUCUGGAGAUGUCCCUCCCAGCAAUGUUAAAGUGAGCGCACCCUCCGCAAGGAACUUUGGUCGCUUUCAGGAGUUGGGUGUGGCUGUCACCCAUUCCAAUGCAGAGCUGGUCAGUAGCUGUGACUUGGUGUUCGUGGCGGUCAAACCACACCUCAUCACAACCAUUCUCAGUGAGAUCACAGACCACGUCACCCGGAAACACAUCAUCGUCUCCGUGGCAGCAGGUGUAACCUUGGCAACGCUUCAGGGGCUCCUGCCAUUUGACACAGUGGUUUUGAGACUGAUGCCCAACCUUCCCUGUCUGGUCCAGCAAGGGGCACUAUUGUUCUCGCGGGGGACGUGGGCGCGGCAAGAGGACGGGGAUCUGCUCCGCUCGCUGCUUCAACACUGUGGCCUGGUGGAGGAGGGGCCCGAGGCCUGGAUAGACAUCCACACUGGGCUCAGUGGCAGCGGGGUGGCCUUUGUGUAUCUGUUUGCAGAGGCGCUGGCUGAGGGAGCGGUGAAGAUGGGCAUGCCCAGUGCUCUAGCCCAUAGCAUCGCUGCUCAGACUGUAUUGGGGGCAGGCCAGUUGUUGAGGGACUCAGGGAAGCAUCCAGCCCAACUGCGUUCGGAGGUGUGUACACCAGGAGGCACCACUAUCUUCGGGCUUCAUGCCAUGGAGCAGGGGGGUGUGAGGGCCGCCACCAUGACCGCUGUGGAGACUGCAACUGAGAGGGCCAGGGAGCUGGGCAGGAAGUCAGUACCUACGGCCACAGAAAAUAGGAAGUGAAGUCGUUUUGGCCCACAGUAACUGAUUCAGGAAAUGUAUAUAUUUUGGUUGCUCUCUGCCCAAUGCCCACAGAAAACCACUUCAGUCUUUAACUUUGUUACUGUUGGAGCCUAAUCUAACUACAAAUCUGACUGGAGGAGUUGUUCAAGGACACAUAGUGAUUGUGAAGAAUACAGCAAGAUGCUUCAAAUCAGCGCUAAUCCAGUUAUCUUCAUAAUUUAUCAAUGCUCAUUUGAAUUAUUAAAGUGAAUUUAUUGGUA